CUAUAUGGGUCCUCGUCAGUCACGCAGCAACGUAACAGAUAGCGGCCUAUAUAUUCGUUAAUAGUUUCCUUCCUCGGUUCCAUUCAUCUGGGAAAAGAAAAGAAAAGAAAAGAACCUCCCCCCCACGAUACACAAUGGAGUUCGACACGUACGAGCCAGUGAACACCCUGGAACAGAUCGACUCGAUAUACCCCCGGCUUACCGAGGUGAUCAACAAUGUUGACAGUCUAGCUGAUGCAGAAGGUACCCUCGAACAAGCAAGGAAGGAGUCUGUACAUGUCACAAUUGAAGCCUAUCGCGCACUCCAUGAGCUCAGUAGCCAAUUCCGUCCAGAACCAGUGGACACAGAGACUUACAAGCUCGGCCCGGAGUUCCUAGAGACGGCGAAACGCGUUUAUGACCUCUUCCAAAAGGCACUCCAGAGUGUUGAAAAGUGGGACACCGACAUACGUCUUUUGCACGAGAAGUGCACCGAGUACACUAGCCAGGUAGCGUCCGUUACUGUCAGAGCGACUGCUGCCGACAAAUUUUUGCUUUCUACACUCACAGAGCAAAUCAACAAGAUGCACAAGGAGUUGGAGGAGAAGGGAAAAGCAAUGGAUGAAGCAGAAUCGAAAACAUUGCAGAUGUACAGAUUAGAGCUUGAAAAGAAAGACCCAGAAAGUAGAAUAAGAGCUCGAGACAAGAUAUUGGAAGAUUACAAGCUGAUCAGUUGGCUUGUACCGGUCGAUAGAGAAGACGACGCCAAGGUACUUCGUCUAGAGGGGGAGCAGAAGGGAAUCGAAGCAUUACUCAAUGACCUGAAGAGGAACAUCGACCUUCGGAGACAAGCAAUUACCAAUCUUAGCGCCCGUAUAAAUGACUUGAAAUCAGCUCGUGAAAAACUCCUUCCGAAGAAGGAACAGCUAAACCGCAUCUCCCAAGCAUGCCAGAAGACUAUCGAAUCACUGGUCCAAACCAAAGACAACUUUACGAAGGCCCAUGCCUCCCUCGCGUAUGGGAAGGCUUGGGUGAAUCCCACGUUUAAGAUUCCGGUGGUGUCAUCAUAUAUCCGAACGGUUCUGGAGACUAUCAGACUCGCACCGCCUCUCGCUCUCUUUGAUGAGACCGAGAGGAUAGAUUUCAAUGGCAUACUGAGCGGCAUAUGUGCCAAUAUGGGCUCUCUUCCGUCAGCACUCUUUGCAGAACUAGAGUCUACUGAGUUUGAUUUCGGCCCUCAGGAAGAGUCGCUAGGUGUGCUUCUCGACAAUGUCCGUGCUUUGGUUCAAUCCAGAGGACCGGCCACACCUAUUUCCCAGUAGCGGUUGCAGCUGCAUUCGACUUGGAGGAUAUACUGAGAAACCCCAUUAGGUGCAAGGAUAGUAGCCAGGAAUUCGCCUUGCAACUAACGGGGUUUCUCAGUAUAUAGUUACUUCAAAAAGGAAUAUACUAUCUUGGUGAGACAAGAUCUAGGUCUAGUCAGGCUUUAGAGAUAAAAUGUAACUCGCAGGUUAGCUGUCCUAUACGGGGAUGCAAAGCUA